CUUUAGUUUUUAAAAUAAACACCAACAGGUUGGCAUAGAAGCAAGUGCAAGUCUUACAUAUUUAAAAGUACUAAAAAAAUAUAACUACAUCUCGACAUGGAAAGUUUAGAAAAGCAAACCACAUAUUUAGAAAGCAUAGAUCUAACAGGUGAUGAGCCAGUUAUAAAGAUAAAGACUGUUGAGAAAAAUGUUCCUGUUGUUAGCAUUGAUGUUAAUGUAGGGAAGAAUCACUCAAUACCGCAAUAUAGAAAGAAAAGGCUUCAGAAGUGUGAAGUUUGUCUCGAAGAAUAUUCUAAAUACACAUGCCCUGGAUGUAAAAUGAAGACGUGUUGUUUAAAUUGUGUACAAAAACACAAAAAGCAGACUGGUUGUUCCGGAGAAAGAAAUAAAACUGAGUUUGUUGCCAGAACAGAAUUUAAUAACAUACAUUUAUUAAAUGAUUACAGGCUUCUUGAAGAAGCAAACCGAAUUGCUGACAAUGCAAAAAGAGAUUACAGGGUGAAUUCAAAUUCCAAAACCACGAGAAAGGGUAACAUAUUGCAGAAAGCUGCUGCAAAGAACCAAACCAAGAUAUAUCGCAUGGCGAAAGGAAUGAAACGUUGGAAAGAAAAUAGAAGUCAAUUUAAUAUCAAGGAGCAAACAAUUUAUUGGACAGUUAAAUUCGUCUUUGUUGAUAUUGACCAAGAGUUGAUUUCAAGAUAUUCAGAGAAUGAGAGCAUGGAGGAUAUAUUGUCAAUCUACAUCAGAAAAGAAAAAGUUGCUCCUGAAAACAAAUUGAAAUACGCACCUUACCUUCAAAAAAAUGAUGAUGUCUCUGUGUUCUUCAAGCAAGAAUUAGAUCCUGGCGAAAGCAAUUUACGUUAUACUGCUAUUGAUAUUAAAAAUACGUUAAAAGAAGUGUUGACGCAAAAAGCUAUACUUGAAUAUCCAGUCUUUCACAUUGCACUACCACCAGCAAGUGGGAAGCUAAGAAAUGAACCGUAUGUUAAAGAACCGAAUAUAAAAGAACAAAAUACUACAUCAAGCUCCUCUGACUCCGAUUCGGAUUCAGAUUCAGAUUCGGAUUCGUCCGCUAGUGAAGAGAUACCCAAGAAAGUUAAAAAGUCUUGACCUGUGUUCGUUUAUUUGUUACAAUAAUAUUGUUUUGUAAAUA